GCUCUCCGCGCUCCGGUGACACCGUCACCACGGCAACGCGGUCAUACUGGCCCCAACGGACCGGGGGCCUGGGCUGCGGCGGCGCGGCCUCGUGGGCAGAGCCGGCGGCAUGGACAGCCUCUUCGUGGAGGAGGUGGCCGCCUCCCUGGUCCGGGAGUUCCUCAGCAGGAAGGGCUUAAAGAAGACAUGUGUGACCAUGGAUCAGGAACGCCCACGCUCUGACCUCAGCAUAAACAGCAGAAAUAAUCUCCGCAAGGUUUUGCAUCUUGAAUUUCUCUACAAGGAGAACAAGGCAAAGAAAAAUCCUCUAAAAACAAACCUUGAGCUCAUUACCAGAUACUUUCUGGAUCACUUUGGAAAUACUACUAACAAUUUCACUCAAGAAACACCAAUCCCUGCACUCUCAAUUCCAAAGAAAAAUAACAAAUUACCAUCAAGAUGCUCAGAGACCACACUGGUAAAUAUAUACGACCUUGUAGAUGACGAUGCAGGAUGGAGAACAUCAUUGUCAGAAACAAGCAAAGCCAGGCAUGACAAUCUUGAUGGGGAUUUACUUGGUAAUUUUGUAUCAUCCAAAAGGCCCCCCCACAAAAGUAAGCCCACACAGGCUAUCCCAGGUGAAAGCCCCACCGUGGCCCCGGCGUGGGAGAAGAUGGACAAGCUUCAGUCGUCAGAGCCUUCCUUGGACACGAAGAGGAUGGGAGAGAAGAUCAGGCCAAAGUCUGGCCUAAUUGUCCGGGGCAUGAUGGCUGGGCCCAUUGCCAGUUCCCCACAGGAUUCGCUCCGCAAACGCUCCCUGAGGCGGUCCCCGGCCUUGAGCAGCACGACCCAGGCCCCCGAGGAAGAGAGCCAGAAAGUGCCCGAGCUCUCCGCCCAUGCCCCAGCGUGUCCCAUGGCCCAGGAGGGCCUGGCUUCGGGAACUGGCUCCAUUUCCAGGAGCCCCCUGGGUCCGCUCGGUGAGCUGACCUCAGAAAAGCGGAGAACCAUGCCCAGCAGCCCCCCUCACUUGUCCGGCAAAGGGCUGCUGCAGAGGCGGGGCAGCAGGUGGCGUGACCUCGCCGAGGACAGCCUGGCUGUGGACGGCGGCCCAGAGGCUGACGGGACGCCCUUGAAGUUCUCCUUGCCAGGUGGGAAUGCCAGGCUGACCCAGGAGAGGCUGGAAAGAACAUUCACAAGGCCGGAGAGCCAGCCCCUGGCCCUAAGGAAAAAUCAGUUGCCAACGCCCAGCAAGGCUGAUGGCGAGCUGGGUGUCCUACAACUUGAGGAUGUGGACGAUGAUUUGAUCAGGGAGGAAGUCAUCCUGUCUCCAGUCCCAUCGAUGCUCAAGCUGCAAAUAGUGUCAAAACCAAUCGACUUCUCAGUGGCCAAGGACAUAAAGGCCCUUCUGUUCGGCUCCAGCUUUUGCUGUUUCAAUGAGGAAUGGAAACUUCAGAGUUUUUCCUUUAAUGACAAAGCCUCAUUAAAAUAUGGCUUCGUGCAGCACAAGGGGGGUCCCUGUGGGGUUCUGGCGGCUGUCCAAGGCUGUGUCCUACAAAAACUCCUGUUUGAAGGAGAUAGCAAAGCUGACUGCGUUCGGCAGCUGCAGCCUUCCAAUGCCCGCAGGACCCACUGCCUCACCCUGGCCAUCGCGGACAUCAUAUGGCGGGCUGGGGGCCGUGAGAGAGCCGUGGUCACACUGGCUUCAGGAACACAGCAGUUCAGUCCAACAGGGAAAUACAAAGCAGAUGGAGUCUUAGAAACACUCACACUGUAUAGUUUGACCUGCUAUGAGGAGCUGGUGACUUUUCUUCAACAAAGCAUCCAUCAGUUCGAGGCGGGGCCCUACGGAUGCAUCCUGCUCACGCUGUCUGCCGUCCUGUCCAGGUCCACGGAGCUUGUCCGCCAGGACUUUGAUGUCCCCACCAGCCACCUGAUUGGAGCACAUGGAUACUGCACCCAGGAACUCGUCAAUCUGCUCCUGACCGGGAAAGCAGUGUCCAAUGUUUUCAACGAUGUGGUGGAGCUGGAUUCUGGGAACGGCAACAUCACGCUGCUCAAAGGCAUUGCUGCGCGCAGUGACAUUGGGUUCUUAUCUCUCUUUGAGCACUACAAUGUGUGCCAGGUGGGCUGCUUCCUGAAGACGCCGAGGUUCCCCGUCUGGGUGGUGUGCAGUGAGAGCCACUUCAGCGUGCUCUUCGGCCUGCAGCCAGAGCUCCUGCGAGACUGGAGGGCCGAGCGGCUCUUCGACCUGUACUACUACGACGGCCUGGCCAACCAGCAGGAGCAGAUCCGGCUGAGCAUCGACACCACCCAGACCAUCCCUGAGGACAAAGACAACGACCUCGUCCCGCCCCUUGAGCUCUGCAUCAGAACCAGGUGGAAGGGGGCAUCGGUGAACUGGAACGGCUCAGACCCCAUCCUGUGACCCUUCCUGUGGGUUAAGCCUAUGGCUCCACCGCUGAUUGCUGGGGGUGACAACUGAGCCCCAGGCCUCAGGACAAGUCUCUCAGAAGAGUGUCACCCCUAUCUGGGCCGACAAUGCUGCAGAAGCAUCCAGAACCUCCCUGCCCCUUCCAUGAAGGGCCCCCAGGACUGUGAUGAGGGCCCAGAAUGCUGCUAUAUGGCUCCCUUCCACCUGAGCCAUGACUGCCAAGGAUUGGACCGCCUCUGCGCUUUUUGUUUGCAUCCCUCCCUUGCUCCCCGCUGGGCCACCUGUCCCCUUGUCAAGCCUGUGAUAUGGUCAGCCCAGGUACCCUGGGCUCGUUAUUUCUGGUAAUUGGCUUUCUAUAAAGCAGGAGUCAAACCCAUGCCAAGGAUGGAGAGACUCAUUCGU